ACGUCUCCGGUGCGAAGGCGCGAGCAUUACAAAACACCAGUUAGUUUCCUGAAGAAGUUUUCAGUUUAUUUUUAUGGUUUUCAGAGCAGAAUAAAAGGGAUUCAGUCAGAAGAUUUCCUAAAGAUAUUGUUAAAUUAAGAGGCUUAAGUGCCGCAGUGUGUGUUUACUCGUUAGAGUGAGGAAAAUGAAGUGGAGUUCUCCUUCCUUCCUUCCAAAAUGGCGUCCUGUACAGAGCCCUCAGUCAGGUCUUCCUGCAGCUCACUGAGCUUUACAGGGGAUGAGAAACGUGUCAGAGGUGAGAAGAUCCAGGAGCAGAGUAGCACUGAGAAACCAAACAUCAACAGACUGAAAAGAGCAAAAAGAACCAAAAAGUCUGAUGUGGUGUUGAGUGAGUGUAAAGUAAUGAGACCUGAAGUCACAGGUGAUGAUGAGAAACGUUCACACGCAUCCACCAUGAAGAAAACUAGACCUCUGACCCCCCACAGCACACAGUGUUCUCCUCCAAAGCAAGGCCUCCUCCUCCACCUCAUGGAGACAUCUCUAGGACAGAAUAAACUUGAAGUCAAGUCAGAACUCGGCGCUUCUUCUCUUCACCAGACAUCCAUCCUCGCAGAUGAGGCUCAAGGUCCGAGUGGAUCCCGUGCAGAAAGACGUGAACAUGAAGAGAGCGAAAACGACACUGUGCUGAACGCUUGUUCCAAAUCAACACCGGCGUCACUGAGUCACCAGGUGCGGUUUCAGACCUCAGCUGAGUUCUUUAAAGAACUCACAGCUCACACCCAAGAGGAAGUUCUGAAGCAGAUCCAUGAUCAGAACCCACACUUUCCGGUUCGACACGUGUUCCAGACGCUGUUGAAGAGACUUGGUGAUCGUAAAAGUGGCUCGGUCAUCCCAGUGGCAGGAAAGAGGAAACAGGAAGUAGAAUCUCACAGUGACGGACGUCUUCGCAAACGCCAGCACACGAGUCAGGACGAGUCUGAGAUCAGAAACGGGUCAGAUGGUCGUGUGAACUCUCGAUAUGGAGCAAUCAGCAGGAACAGACUGAGGAGGAAACAACCGCGUGUGCAGAACACAGCCCUGGACGAGGGACAUGCAACACAUGACGAUGACAUGCCCUGGACGGAGAAAUAUCGUCCUCGGAGCGCUGAUGAAGUCGUGGGGAACUCGGCCGCAGUGAAGAAACUGUACAGCUGGCUGAAGGAGUGGAGGAUAAGAGCAGAUGUGGAGGAGAGGAGGAAAAGACGAGAGGAGCGUCAGAUGAAGGAGGAGAGCGAUGGGUCGUGGGAUCGCGGGGAUUUCAAAGGCGACCCGCUGAUGGAGUGUGAGGGUGAGCUGUGUAACACACUGCUGAUCCACGGACCCACAGGAGCAGGAAAGAGUGCAGCCGUGUUCGCCUGUGCAGAGCAGCUGGGGUUUAAGGUGUUGGAGGUGAACAGCUCAUCCCUGCGCUCUGGUCGUCUUGUCCUGUCUCAGCUCAGAGAGUCGACUCAGUCUCACCAGGUGGGGGCGCCACAGUGCUCCGCCUCUCUCACACGCACACCUGCUGCAGCGUCCCGAGAAGCUGCUCCACAGAAAUCCGUCUCCUCCUGCAGAAAACCGUCAGCGAUCCCUCGAGCUGCUUCCAGAAAGAAACGUGUCACUGCGCAGAAGUCCGUCACUCUGACACAUUACUUUAGGAAAAGUGGAAAACUGGUCAGCUCUGAACUUCAAGAGACAAGAGCUGCUGCUGAUGUCACAGUUGACGAGUCUGAGUUUAAUAAAGAUGGUGCAUUGGACAAAAAGGACAAGACAGCGGCGAUAUCUCUCAUUCUGUUUGAGGAGGUCGAUAUCGUUUUCCAGGAGGACGUGGGUUUUCUCAGAGCCGUAAAGUCUUUAAUGAGCACAACCAAGAGACCAAUCAUCCUGACCGCCAACGAUCCGUCGUUUGGCAAGUCGUUUGACGGUCAUUUUGAGGAGAUCCGUUUCAGAACUCCUGCAGUGGAGACCAUUGUGAGCUACCUGCAGUGUGUGUGUGUGGUAGAGAGGGUGAAGCCAGACCCAGAGCACAUCCGCUUCAUGCUACAGGAGAAUAACGGAGACGUGAGGCGGAGUUUGUUAGAGCUGGAGUUGUGGGCGAGAAGUGGAGCUGGAAGCACACACCACCAUCUACACAACAGAGCACUCACUUGUAGGUCCUACGCUGAGCUGGAAAGCAGCAGGUGUGCGGAGGUGCUGGUGGAUAGCUGGCGAAAAGGGCGGAGCCUGCUCUACUCAAACCUGGAUCUUCUUUUAGCCCCACCCACUGUUGAAAAAGUAGAUCAAAGCACUUUUGAUCAAAUUACAAUUUGCACAACGUUUCAAAAGGAAGCGAUUAAAUCUCCACCCAGCUCGAGAAACCGUUCCAGACUGCAAGUUAAGAGACACCUUCUCAAAAUCAAGCACUCAGAAUCUGCGCUCCCAUUGGACAGAUUCAAACGGAUGAACCAAUCAGCUGCAGAGGCUGGAGGUUUUUCUAAGGUGGACUCUCUUGCACAUCUUUUUGACACCAUGUCUUUCAUGGACUCGUAUCUUUCCCAGCAGCCAUGUUGUAAAUCUGGACCUCUGGGAGUCAAAAUGGCUGACGGUUUGCUGGACGAGCCUAGAGAAGAAGCAGAUGUGGAGAUGAGGACACGCAGUUUGGAGAGAUGUUAUGAGAUCCUGGCGGUGGUGGAGGGUUUGGGGUUCCACAGGUGCAGAAUGGAGGCGUGUCCAAUGAAACAAGGGAAUCAGGACAUGAUGGGAGGAGAUAAAAACAAAACAAGGAAAUUAAGUGCGCAGAAGCGUGGUGAAGUCGUACACAAAGUGCUGUGCAGUAAAGCGUUCCGAUGUCACGGUAAUCGGACGGCGAUACUGACGGAUUAUCUGCCCUGUGUGCGUUUUAUCUGCAGAGAGCAGGACGCCGAGCGGCAGCCGGAGCUCAGAUUUUCUCACUACCUCAGAGAUAUCGGACUGCGUCUCCCAAAAAGCAUCCUCAACCUUCUAGCAUCUCCACUACACUGAAGUGUUUAUAAUAAUUAAAAUAAUAAUCAUGUUUAUUAAUAUAUACAUUCUAUUGUCAGCGCGCGCGCACAUGAUUUUUUUUCUCCAUUUCAUUUCAGCAUAUUGUUUGCAGUCCAGUAAACGUGUGUAUGCCGUCUACUUAUAUGUGAAUAAUAAAUUAACUUUUAUGAAGAUA